AUGAAUCCUCUUACUCAAGUUGUACGCGCUUCGCGUCCUAUUUACCGCAAGCUGUCAACGACUAAAGCAGUCGCUUCGGCACAUAAACCUAUACCUUCUACUGGAUUAUGUUUUGAACUGAACGAUGAACAAAAAGCACUUCAAGAUCUGGCCCGCAAGUUUACCAAGGAGGAGAUAAUUCCUGUGGCGGCACAGUAUGACAAAACCGGAGAAUACCCGUGGCCAAUCGUAAAGAAAGCCUGGGAACUUGGUCUAAUGAACGGACACGUGCCUGAACAUUGUGGGGGCAUAGGAAACUUUGGCGUUUUCGACGAGUGUGUAAUCGCUGAAGAACUUUCUUUUGGAUGCACCGGUAUAGGGACAGCUGUGGGCGCCACAGGCCUAGGAGCAAAGGGUAAAAUGAAAUUUCAUUUGUGUAAUGGAGGUGGAUUGGACAUGGGGGUCUUUGAUGGGUGUAUGGUAGCUGAAGAGUUGGCCUUCGGCUGUACUGGCAUCAUGACCGCAAUGGAAGCCAGUGGCUUAGGCCAAACCCCAGUCAUCAUAGCUGGUAAUAAAGAGCAGCAAAAAAAAUAUUUAGGCAGAUUGAUUGAAGAGCCAAUUGUAGCUGCGUAUUGCGUCACCGAGCCCGGGGCAGGCUCCGAUGUAGCCGGUGUUAAAACUCGGGCUGAGAAAAAGGGUGACGAAUGGAUCCUAAAUGGACAAAAAAUGUGGAUCACCAAUGGUGGAGUUGCUAACUGGUACUUCGUGUUGGCUAGAACCAACCCUGACCCCAAGUGCCCAGCAAGCAAAGCUUUCACUGGUUUCAUAGUGGAGAGGGAAUGGCCUGGAGUAGUACCUGGACGUAAGGAAAUGAACAUGGGACAACGCGCGUCCGACACCCGAGGCAUUACUUUUGAAGAUGUUCGUAUUCCCAAAGAAAAUGUUUUAAUCGAAGAAGGUGCUGGCUUCAAGAUCGCUAUGGGAGCCUUCGACAAGACCCGACCACCUGUGGCAGCAGGUGCGACGGGCCUCGCAAACCGCGCUCUGUAUGAAGCGACCAAGUACUCACUAGAGCGCAAAACGUUUGGUGUGCCCAUUGCCCACCACCAGGCUGUGGCCUUUAUGCUGGCGGACAUGGCCAUCGGCGUGGAGACCGCUCGUCUCGCCUGGCAAAAAUCCGCCUGGAUGGUCGAUCAUGGUCAAAAGAACACUGUGAUGGCUUCGGUAGCCAAAUGUUACGCGUCCGAAAUAGCAAAUAAGGCCGCUUCGGAUGCGGUGCAAGUGUUUGGUGGAAACGGGUUCAACUCUGAAUACCCCGUCGAGAAACUCAUGCGUGACGCCAAAAUAUACCAAAUUUAUGAAGGAACAUCUCAAAUUCAAAGACUUAUCAUAUCCAGGGAAAUCCUCACACAGGCCAAACAAAGCAACGCU